AUGAACUUUUUGAAUAAUCCCGAAGUGCGACAGCAAUGCAUUGAAGAUGUCAAUCCAUAUGUGUUUGCAAAUUCAAACAUUGGAGUGAUCCGAGCUUAUGAUGCCAUAAGGACAGCAGCCAAUCAAGCAGGACUUCAAAUGCCACACCUAAUCAGAACUAGCAACAUGAGGAAGUAUUUUGCCACAAUGUUACAGGCAUUUGAUACAACAGAGGCGGAGAGACAGUGGGUAGUUGACCAUUUAGGCCAUACGAUGGAUGUCCACCGAAUCCAUUACAGACAAACCUCUGAUUUGAUUGAACGUGUUGAUGUUGCCAAGCUUCUGUUGAUCCAGGAUCUGGGUUUGGUUAGAAAGUUCCAAGGGAAACAGCUCAGAGAUAUUCAAAUCAAUGGUACUUAA